AUGUCUUCCAUGUUUGGCAAGCCUCGGGCCACCCCCUGUGCUACUGAGCGCCACCUCCACAGCCUGUUUCCAGAAUGCAAUGUGGCCAUUUUAGGAUGUCGAGGAUCUGGAAAAUCAGCACUGACAGUGAAAUUCCUGACCAAGAGGUUUAUAAGUGAAUAUGAUCCUACUCUGGAGGACACUUACGCUUCGGAAGAGGUAGUUGACCAACAGCCAGUACUGCUAAAGGUGAUGGAUACAGCUGACCAGGAUGUGCCAGUCAGCUGCGAACGAUACCUGAACUGGGCCCACGGCUACCUGGUGGUCUACAGCAUCAACAACCGAAAGAGCUUCGAGGGCUGCCAGCAGUACCUGGAUAUCCUCACGCUCCACUCGAAGAACACCCAGCAUGAACCCCCUGUUCUCCUCGUGGGAAACAAGCUGGACAUGGAACAGUACAGGCAGAUCACCAAGGCCGAGGGGGUGUCUCUCGCUGCCAAAUAUGGCUGCUUAUUCUACGAAGUCUCGGCCUGCCUGGAUUUCGAAUCCGUGCAGCACGUGUUCCACGAGGCCGUUCGGGAAGUGAGGCGGGAGAUGGAGAGGCACAUGGCCAUCCACCCUCUGUUCAUCAUCGAGGAGAAGUCCCCCCUCCACCUCCUCCCGCCGGCCGCCGUGGCCUCCAAACAUGGCUUGGCCAGCUGCACCUUCAACACGCUGUCCACGGUCAACUACAAGGAAAUCCCUUCGGUGGCCCAAGCCAAGCUGGUCACGGUGAAAUCCUCGCGGGCUCAGAGCAAGAGGAAGGCGCCCACGUUGACUUUGCUGAAGGGCUUUAAGAUAUUUUGA